CUCCGUUGAAAGAAUGGCCAGAGAAGAAUUCGCCAAUGUUCAAAUACACGUCUUCUGGGAUGUGAAUGAUUUCCCAGUCCCUGAGAAUCGCAGUAUACUUGAAAUUAUUGACUCUCUUCUUAGGAGAUAUGGUUAUAAAGGUGAGGUGUCAAUCACGGCUUAUGGUGAGAAGGAUCCUGAAGACAAUCCUCUGGAGAAUGGAAUCACCUUCGUAGCGAAAAGGGAUAAAUUUAACAGGCUUGAUAGGAUAUUAGUAGACUUUGCUUUGGUCGCAGCGGACAAUCACGAGCCCCAUCGUAUACCAUUAACUUUGAUGGUAGUCGCAAAAAACAUCAAGGAAGAGAAUGAGUUCCACGGUCUUCUUCAAAGUGUGAAUGCUGCAAAUUACAAUGUCUUGUUGGUUUUGCCUGAUGUGUACGACCCAAAAGAAGUGGCACUUCCUUAUGUUAACUUUGCUUGGCGUUGGACAAGCCUAGUAGAUGCAGGAGAUCCUAUUCCCAAACCCGAUUUUUUCUCCCUGUUAGAUGAAGGAGGAAGACGAGAGAUUUUAUGCGCAAACCUUUCUGAAGAUGAGGUGUACAAUGAAGACGACAGCGACGGCGAGGGGUUCGAGUACCACCACUAGCUAGCUGUGGCGGCUCGAUCUACAAUCAUGUUUUAUCAACCUUUUGAUUUCAAAAGGGCUCUGGCUGGUUUUUG